AUGACGAGUCCUUAUCAAGGAGAUUCAAUUUGUUUUAUGAAUUUUUAUGGAAAUUUUAUAAUGAAUAUUCUAACAUUGAAAACCGGUAUUGUUGUCAGUUUCAUCUUUAACAUAGGAAUGGAUAAUGAGAGAAGGAAAGAUAAAAUUGAAAUGGAAAUACAAAGUGAUGUUAACGAAGAAGAAGCAGCUGAAAAGUAG